AUGUUCGACCCCAAGAAGUCCAUCUGUCAAGAAAAUGACAUGGUCAAGUUAAUCAAGUGGUCAAUGAACGAACCUCAGAUUAACAGUCCUCGCGAAGCUAUCUAUCGCAUAAGAUCUGUCAUAGGCGUAUUCAAAUAUAUGCAGGAGCCUGAAAUUGCGAAGAUCUUCAAAGAUGAGAAGGUAGGAAUCGGAAUUGCUAUAGACGGCAUCGACAAGAACCUCCCAAAGACUCCCCGCGGGGAAGAUGGGAUUACAUAUGUUCCAUGGACGACUCUCGGUCUCGGAGCCAACGCCUUGAAGGAUGAAUACACCACACAAAAGGCAAAAGAUGCCGCGAAGGACGAUACCAAAAAGAAAGACAAUGACAGGAAGAAUAUUGCUGAGUUUAGGAAAGCGCGCGAAGAUAUUGAGAAGAUCUUAGUCGACCUAGAGAAGACAUGGAGCGAGUCCAAGAACUGGAACAAGCCCUGGUAA